UUCUCAUCCCUUGCCUUCAAUCUUGGAAAAAUUUUAGGAGAACUAGGAAAAUUAGGGAAAGCCUCGUCUACUUAGAACCUCCUGCCCCCCGCAGGUAGAUAAAAGAACAAAUAAGAUGAGUGGCGGGACACUUGUUCCCUUUUCCUUAACUAAGGAUAGCCUAAGCUCUACACGAUUAUCAUAUAUGUCGAAUUAAAUUUUCGCGGUAAUCAUCGCUUCUCGUACGAUAAAUGAUUCAGCUGAGAAAUUGACUUAACCGAUUCGAGCCCGAGCUUGAUGAUAUUCGCUGACAGAUGUCGCGACGUGACUGCAGUAUGAUCCUCGGAAUUUUCCAACAGAGAACGUGGAUCAACGUGAGUAGCCGCUAGAGUACGAUGACCUGCUCGAUUUACGCGUUACGUGGCGAAUCGUGGUUGCGUCGUAAGGAACGUAAGGCAAGAUCCGUUGAAUUCUGUUUAGCCGUUAUUUCUAGAAGAACGAUAUACCGCGAUUAUCGUAUGGGGCCUACAAUAACGAUAGACACGAGGCAAGGUUCGCGAUAUAGGUAGGGGGAAAGAACGAGGAGCGAGUGAGCGAGCGAAUAUCGCGACAGACAAAGAAGGGAAGAGAAACGAGAGCAGGAGAAAGAGAAAGAGAAAGAGAAAGAAGAAGAAAAAGAGCGAUCGCGUAUGUGAAAAAGAAAGGGGAAGAGAGAGAGAGAGAGAGAGAGAGACAGAGAGCGAUAAAGGGAAAGAAGCAGAGGAACGAAGGCGCCUUGGUGGACCACGAGGCAACAACGACAAACGGCGCACACAUCGGCUCGUGCGAACAUGGCCCGGAAGGUGCGCGCGAGGCUACUGCGCAGAGUCUUGUUUUGCUCGGCUGGACGAGGGGAAUACGGAGGCAGACGCGCGUUCACGGGGCAUGGCGUGGUGCGCGUUCUAGUAAACAACUUGUGUGCGACUCGUGCGGGGAAUCUCUCGCGCGGUUAACGAAGUUUCAUCGUGGUUCUAGAAUCGUGUUGUUUUCUGGUGCGCGUAUGUGUGUACGUGUGUAGUGGUCGCCCUACUCGUGCUUACAUAGAGAACAAGUGUGUUUCGCGCGGUGCUGACCGAUAUUCCCAGUGUCAUCGAUCGACCCUUGAUCGUCCUCCAGUCUCUCGACGUUUCGCCGGAGGAGCAUCCGGCAGUUCUUCCACCGUAGUGUCGACACGGAUGACCGAUGAUCCAUGUAGAACAGGAAGAACCGGCGCACGAAGAAACUCGAUCCACCUUGCCGUUCGUCACAUCCAGCGAAUCGAUUCGUCUCGUAAAUGUCCGUGAAACUGAAGGAAAAAAAGAAAACGGUGAAAAAGGACACUGGUGCGAACACGGAAGGACUACAAUGUUGUGGAUUAUUAAGUGAAGUAUCGUGAGAUCGGUAGGAAAAAGAAGAGAUAACGCGGCCCGUUAUCGCGUAGCCGUGGCAUGACCGCGACGAGAAGAAGAAGACGAAGAAGAGGAAGAAAUCCCACGGUUCGUACGGUGGUGAUAUCAAGGAACAUUAAAAGCGAGUUGAUCGAUCUUCGUUGAACUCGAAUCGGGGAUCACGAAGAGAAAGUGCGAGCGAAGUGGAUCGCUCGAUGGAGUCGUUCGAGCCACCGAUCGAUCAACAUCGGUUUCGCAACUCGAACGGCUGAUAUUCGGAUUAUACUCGAACGACUCGAAGAGAUGACUAUUCUCGGACAGUUCUCGAGUAUUCCUCGAAAGAAAAUUCAAUCUCGUUUUUUGCAAAGUGAAAAAAGUAGAAGUGAGAAGAAACCUCGAAUAGGAUGAACGAGAAAGCCUGAGUAGAUCUUGUAAACGAUCCUGAUCAUCCCGGCAAGAGUUGCCAGUUGCUAGGGCGCAUCUUCCCGACAAAAGGCAUUGUCCGUUUCGCAGAGAAAGGAAAACGGAAGACUGGAGUCCGAGGAAAAUGAACGAGAAGGUCGAAAGAGUCUGAGUAAAUAUCUUGGCCAUUGAUCCAUCGGGUGUAGAUCGUCAAAGGGUGAUCCUGGACGAGCAGCGGAUUUCUAGGUUCGCCAAAGGGUUGCGUUUCUCCCGGAAGGAUGAAGUCAACGUGGUGCAUGCGCAGGCUCGGUAACGCGGCGUCCGAAGACGAGUUGGCUGAUACAACAACAGCAGUCGUCAAGUUUUGCACGACGACCGCUGCUUGUUGCACGAAUGUCAACCUCGUCGGCUGUCACUGCCGCUGUCUGAACGCUGAUGAUCACCCGUCCCUCCCUGCAGACUCGUCCGCUCGUUCUGCGCGGGCCAGUUGCGAAAUCUGCGAGCGUCUCCGGGAUCCCGAGGAACUCGAUGCGACGGAUACGCGCGCGAUGACUUCCUUCAGGACGUCGCACCGCAGCAUCGCUCGUCGCAGCCUGCGCUCCUCGUCGAACAGCUGCGCGUCAAGCGUCGUACGAUGGGGUUGGUUUAGCAGACAGACCUUGAUCUGGCUUACCCUGUUCCUAAUGGUACUCGUGUUCCCUGCUCUCACCGAUUCACAAAAAGGAUCCACUAACAGUUUCGCCAAAGAAGAGGGAGUGUGCCAAAGUAUCGACAUUAGGAACAGGAUAAGUAAUUUUCAAAGACUGAAGGGGUGCCGCUUAGUCGAAGGAUUUGUACAAAUUUUGCUAAUUGAAGAGGUUACGGGGCUCGCCAACAUUUCAUUCCCGGAACUGAAGGAAAUUACCGGAUACUUACUCUUGUACAGGGUGAUGGGGUUAUCUAGCAUCGGUCAACUGUUCCCUAACCUGACCGUGAUUCGUGGCCAUUCAUUGUUCAUCAACUAUGCCCUUGUCGCGUUCGAGAUGAUGCAUCUUAAAGAGAUCGGCCUCCACAGUCUGACCACGGUCGUGCGGGGUUCCGUUCGAUUCGAAAAGAAUCCUGUGCUUUGUUACGUGGACACGAUCGACUGGGACUUGAUAACUAUAGCUGGCAAAGGAGAGAACAUCAUCUCGGGAAACAAUCGUAAGAAUGGAUGCCCGGUGUGCGAGAAACACUGUCCGCAAAGGACGACCAAACAGGAUGAGUACCUGUGCUGGAAUCAAGAACACUGCCAACGAAUAUGCGACCGAACGUGCGAGAACAACGCUUGCGACGAGACAGGAAAAUGUUGUCACCCGACGUGUCUGGGUACGUGUACGGGACCAACGAAUCGCGAUUGCGCCGUCUGCAAGUACGUGGUUAGCCUCGACAAUGAAUGCAGGGAACACUGUCCGAACGACACCUACGAGUUCAUGGAUCAUCGGUGCAUCGACGAGGACAGGUGUAGACGGAUGGGGAAACCUCGCGAGGCGAUGUUAAACGUGAAGAAACAUCCGUACAAACCGUUCAACGGCAGCUGCGUGAUGGAGUGCCCCCCAGGCUACAUGGAGGACGAGGAGGUGAACGGCAAGGGUACGUGCAAAAAGUGCGAGGGUCCCUGUCAAAAAGAUUGCGCCGGUGCUAACGUGGACAGCAUCGCCUCGGCCCAAAAGCUACGCGGUUGUACGCAUAUAACUGGUAGCCUGGAGAUCCAGAUACGGGGCGGUAAGAACAUCGUCAAGGAACUGGAGGAUGGUCUGAGCACCAUAGAGGAGAUCGACGGAUAUCUGAAGAUCGUACGAAGCUUCCCGCUAAUAUCUCUGAACUUCCUAAAGAACCUACGCGUGAUACGAGGCAACGACAUCGACAACUCCAAGUACACUCUGCAAGUAAUGGACAACCAGAAUCUUCAGGAACUGUGGGACUGGAGCUGGCACAAGGACAUACAGAUAUUGUCGAAAAAUGGCCCUGGCAAGAUCUUCUUCCACUUGAAUCCAAAACUGUGUCUGUACAAGAUCGAGAUACUCCGCGAAAAAGCGGGUCUGCCCCCGUUCUCGGACUACGAGGUGGUGCCGAACAGCAACGGCGACAAGGUGGCCUGUAACGUCACCGAACUGAAGACCAGGGUGGGCACAAAGUCACCGUGGGGCGCGGUGAUCGAAUGGGAACCUUUCAUCCAUCACGACGCGAGAUCUUUGCUGGGCUACGUGGUGUACUUUAUCGAAGCACCGAAUCAAAACGUGACGAUGUACGACGGAAGGGACGCGUGCGGCGGCGACGGAUGGAAGGUGGACGACGUGGCUGCAAGCACGAACGCUAACCUGACGGAUGCAUCUAAGAUCCCUGGCCGGCAGGAGAAGAACGUAUACACGCACUACUUGUCCCAACUGAAGCCCUAUACCCAGUACGCUUAUUACGUGAAGACUUACACGAUUGCCACGGAGAGGUCCGGAGCGCAGAGCAAAUUAAUGUACUUUAGGACGAUGCCGGAAGCUCCUAGUUCUCCCAGGUCACUUUUCACUUGGAGUAAUUCGAGCAGCGAGCUUCACAUGUCCUGGUUACCGCCACUUCACAAAAACGGAAAUUUGACCCACUAUCGGAUCUUUGGUAGAUGGGAGCCCGACGAUCCCAACUUCAUCGACCAAAGGAACUACUGCGAGGAACCCAUACUGCUGCCGGACAAGAAAGCGAUCACACUGGCGGAGGAAGAGAGGAAACGGAUGGAGGAGGAGAAGGAGCAGAGCAUCACGCCGGAAACUGAGACCUGCGAGUGCCCGGACCGAGAAACCGAUCAGACUAUUCGAGAAAAGGAAGCUUCCAGCGCAAUCGCUUUCGAGGAUGCGCUUCACAAUCAGGUCUACGUGAAACGAAAGACCAGCAUAAGAAGAAAACGCGAUCUCGACGAAUUUUCUUUCCUUCCUUCGUCUAGGAAACCGAAAUCGGUGGAUCAGCCUGUCGUGGACAAAUUGGAGAACGGCACGUAUGUGGUGUUCGAGCGUCUGGUAACCAGUACGAAUCUCUCGUUCGUGAUGAGAAAUUUGCGCCACUUCGCCGCCUACAACAUCGAGGUGCAGGCGUGCAGAGCUCAAGAAAUGAACGACACGUUCAAGAAGUGCUCUACGAAGAGCAUGCGGACCUACCGCACGUUGCCGAUGAAGGCCGCUGAUAAUAUUCCCCCGAAUACGUUCAAGAUGAGCAUAUCCGGCGAGAACAACAGUCUCACGAUGGUCACGCUUCAGUGGGACGAACCACCGCAGCCGAACGGUCUGAUCAUCACCUAUCAAAUCGAAUACAAAAGAGUCGACAUUCAAAACUACAAACCAACGGUAGUCUGCAUCACUAGACGGGACUUCACGAAAGCUGGUAACUUGUACGUCCUGAAGGAACUGCCAUCCGGUAAUUACUCCGUCAAGGUUCGAGCUACCAGUCUGGCGGGCUACGGUGACUACACCCAGGUCAAGUACUUUUACAUCGACGAACGAAACGCCCUGGGCAUCUUCUGGAUUAUAUUCUGGUUGCUGCUCUGCGCGAUCCUCAUGGUUCUCAGCUUUGCUACGUUCUACGUGUACAAACGCAAGUACAUGAGGAACGUGCCGAACGUAACUCUGAUAGCCACGGUGAAUCCCGAGUACGUGAGCACCCCGUACGUGUUGGACGAGUGGGAGGUGCCUAGAGAAAAGAUCGAGCUGCUCAGGUCACUGGGCAACGGUUCGUUCGGUAUGGUGUACGAGGGAAUAGCCAGGGACAUCGUGAAGGGCAACCCGGAAGUACGGUGCGCCGUGAAGACGGUGAACAAGGACGCUACCGAUCGAGAACGCAGCGAGUUCCUCAACGAGGCCUCGGUGAUGAAGGGUUUCGACGCUCACCACGUGGUCAAGUUGCUGGGUGUGGUUACUCGUGGUCAACCAACUUUGGUCAUCAUGGAACUGAUGGUUAACGGUGAUUUAAAGACGUACUUGAGACGCCACAGACCAGGCGCCUGCGAGGAAACGAAUGUACCACCGAGAUUGGACCGAAUACUCCAGAUGGCGAUCGAGAUCGCCGACGGCAUGGCCUACCUUUCCACCAAGAAGUUCGUGCACAGAGACUUGGCUGCGCGUAAUUGCAUGGUAGCCGAGGAUCUGACCGUAAAGGUGGGCGAUUUCGGAAUGACCAGGGACAUUUAUGAGAGAGAUUACUAUCGAAAGGGAAGCAAAGGUCUUUUACCGGUCAGAUGGAUGGCGCCGGAGAGCUUGAAGGAUGGCGUGUUCAGUAGCUAUUCCGAUGUUUGGAGCUAUGGGGUCGUGUUGUGGGAGAUGGUGACUUUCGCGUCGCAGCCUUAUCAGGGUUUAUCGAACGAUCAGGUUCUGCGGUACGUGAUCGAGGGCGGAGUCAUGAAACGGCCAGAGAAUUGCCCCGAAUUGUUAUACGAACUGAUGAAGAGGACUUGGAGGCACAAGGCGACCAAACGACCCACCUUCAUGGACAUAGCGACCACCUUGCUGCAACACAUCGACUCGGAUACCUUCAAGUUGAUCAGUUUUUACCAUAGCACGGAGGGAAUCGACGCUAGGAAUCAGACCAGAUCGACGUCGCCUCAAAUCGAUCAACACCUGGAGUUGGCCACUUUGCAAGACCUGCAGGAAGAGGAGGCAGAGGGCGAGGAGGACUCUCCAUUGAGGCAGGAUUUCGACGACUUUGCGAGUUUCGAGCCCGGCAGUAUUAAGAACAGUUUCAGUCCUCACUACAGAGUGGACUCUUACGGUGAAAACUCGAAAGCGACCGCCAAUUGCCACGAUCUAAACUCCUCGAACGUGCCACUGAAGGCUGGCUUCGAUGAUUUCGACGGUGUCUCCGCGGAUUCUGCCAUCUCUGGAAAAGAUGCGUUGAACCUGCCCUUCGUCGAGGACAGCCUCAAGUCCGUAAAGACUUCGCCGUUCAUAAACGCGAAGAGUGGGUCGCGUAGCAACCUCAGUCAAUUGUCGACGAGCAAUAGAUCGGGCAGCCCGAGGAGCACGGGCAAACGAAGCUUCCUAAGUAGUCCAAAUUCGUCCAAGUUGACGAAUCCACCGGAUUACGAGAACGGUAGCCCGGAAAUCCUGUCUGCCGUCGAGAAGAAGGAGACUGUACCGUUACGGGUCGAUUUCCCAUCCAUGGACGCGAUGGAUAUCGACAACGGGAUCGAGAAGAAGGAGACGAUCUCGACGGUCGAAUACGUGAACAAACCAGAGACGUUGAACAACGGUUACAUCGGCGGUGCAACCACGUAGUCUUAA